ACUUUAUAUUCAGAGCACCCAUUAAAUUAAGCAAACCAGGGGAACUCCGAGAAGAAUAUGAAAGCCAGCUAAGGAAGCUGAGAGAAGAAAAACUACAAGAAGAAAAAGCUUCUGAGGAUCUGAUUCACAAGUUCAUUCUAGAUGACAUGGACGUAGGAAAAAGAAAAGUGGAAGAACAGCAGAAAAAAGAUGAAUCUUUAGUGCUUAAAGUGAACCAAGAGUGUUUUCCUGAACGUCUCUCGGAUUCAGAGAAUGAAGAACCAUUCCAGGGCAAGCAAACACAUCGGUCGGCUUUUGUUUCCAAGACCAGUGCAUACUCCUUUGCUUUCCUUUCAGGGAACCUAACCGCCAAGGUGGAAAGGAGUCGGAGCUGCAACGACACCAUUCAGGAGAGAUCAAAGAGCAGGCAGAGAUCAGCCCCAGCCAACAAAACAAAGGUACCACCCGUCACCAGCACGUCGACGCCUCUGAUUGGAGUUUUGUCGUCCACCCAAAACAACCGCUGCCUCUCCGCUCCAGACCUGACGGCAGAGAAACGCCUGGUUCUCAACCCUGUUUCGUCCCUCUCGGCCCUGCACAAGCCAGAGCGAUCCAUCAGCCCCGAGCGCAAUGACAGCAUUUUCUUUAAGCCUAUCGUCUGCUCCCCGUGUACUCCUCCAAAGAGGCUUCCUGACGGCAGAGUCCUGAGCCCUCUCAUUAUCAAGUCCACCCCGAGAAAUCUGAGCCGGAGCCUGCAGAAGCCGACCACCUACGAGGCCAGUCCUAGGAUACUGAAAAAAUGGGAGCAGAUAUUUCAGGAGCGCCAGAUCAAAAAGACUCUCUCUAAAGCGACCCUUACGUCCUUGGCUUCAGAGCCUGGGGAAGAUGUUAUAGUUCCUGACAUCACCAACUCCAGCAGUUGCACUAAAGAGCAGCCGCAAGUGCAGGAUGAUCACCUUCCACCUGACACAACGGGAGACCCUCGCCCCGAGCUGGAUUUCUUUCCUUCCAUCAGUGAAACGAAGCCGGGAAGAGGGAGUGAGAAGAACAGAGAUUCACAAGCCUUAACAACAGAUGACAGCGCUGCCGAACCAGAUGCGAGAUCAAAUGUCACCUCCCUAAACACACGAGUGUCCGAAGUCCCUGACCUAAAAGUGACUGCGUUCAUGGACAAAUCCUGUCUUAAUCUUGGCCCAAAAAUGCUGAGCAGAAGACUCAUGGGCGUCAAUGCAUCGCUGCCUGACAACAGCACACUAGGAGUCCCCGUCAAGACAUCGGGAAAAAAGCAGCUGAAAUACCUGAACAACAGCGAAUUGAUCAACGUGCAGAACAGCACCUGCAAUUCCGUUGAGAACAUCAUCGGGGAACAGCACCCGUCGCUGAGACGGGGCCGGAAGAGACACUGCAAAACGAAGCACUUGGAGCACAACGGCUCCGUCAAAAGACUGAGGCACGCGGCAGGGGAGGUGGGCUUGCCUCCAGAGGAUCACUUGGUACGGGAGAUGGAGCAGAAGCUCCAGCAAGAGGAGGAGGACAGGAGGUUGGCCCUGCAUCUGCAGCGGAUUUUCGACAGCGAGAAUAGGACAGUGGAUAGGCGGAAAGUCAGAGUCGAUCGGUAUCUGCUGCGGUCGAAGAGCACUCUGGGUGCUAAGUAG